AUGAGGCCACUGGCGACCUCGGCGACUUCCUCAUCUGCGCCCAAGGGGCGGAAGCGGCCCUGCAAGCGGACCACCGCCCAGCUGGAGGCGAAGCUGAAGAAGCAGCGUCGGGCUGGGCCCAAGAAGGUUCCGGAGGCGGCCGGGGCCCCAAUCAAGUUCUCCAAGGGCGGCGGCUCUCGCCCGACUCCAAGCAUCGUAUCGCCGCUCCAGUGGCAGAGGAGGGAGCCGACUCCGCAGCCUACGCCACGUGCGCGCACGCCGCCCAUCGUCGUGCCGCCUGGCCUGCGGCCGGAGCUGGCAGGGGCCGCGUCUGCCGCGGCCGGAGCCGACGGGCCUACGCCUGACGUCGUUGUCUUGGACGCAAGUUCAGAUGAGGCGCCUCCUGCGCCGGAGUCUGCUAUCCCCACCGGGCCAACGGCUUCGACUGUGCCGCCCCCAUCUUCGGAGCCGGCGAGGGAGGAGCCAGCGGGGCAGGAGCCGGCGCGUUUGGCUGAUGCCGAUGCUAGGGCGCUGGUGACGGCGAAAGGCCCAGCACAGCCGUCUUCGGGGCUUCACGUUUCUCCAACUGCCUCAAUGUUGAACGUGGUGUCCGCCUCCUACUCCAGCCUUGGCUCAGCCGGCACUAUGGAGAAGGACUGGCACCAGGCGGACGCCUGCGAGGUGACCAGCCGGGAGGGGUGCAAGGGCGUGGCGCCCGUGGAGAUGUUUUUCUCCGACUUCCGUGCCUUCACCAAAGCCUAA